AUGCCGUUCUCAGCGACAGCACGUCGUCCCUACUUCAAGCCAAUUCACAAGAGUUCCCUUGAUGUCAUGCAAUUGUUUCAUGCGCCAUUUAGUUACAACGGCUCAUACCCUCAUAUAGCACCGAGAGACUAUCUGACAGCGAACAUCUAUAAUAUCAGUUCUGCUGCACCGUCCACAACCAAUAACCCCCUUCAAUUCCUAGAUUUUUCUGUCUGUCACGAUCCCAGGUUUUUGACAAUGGAACCUUUAUCUCGAGAGGAACUGGAACGAUUCCAGAAGCUAUCAAAUGAAUACGAACCAGACAUCCAAGGCCCUUUGGUAUCGGCGAAGCAAUCCAGUCAAGCAAUCUCUGCCGAAUAUGCCAAUGCCGAUCCCAUCCUUGCUGCAAAAACUAGUGCGCUUGCUGUAACACAUCCUUUCUCGCGGAUUAUGAAAGGCGAUGGGAACUGUGGUUGGCGAGCUGUGGCAUUCGGCUACUUCGAAAACCUCUUCGUUCUCCGCGACUCGAUUAAAGUCCAACAAGAGCUCGCACGAAUCAAAUCUUUGAGCCGGAUGCUUGAUCAAGUAGGCCAGCAAGAGCAUCUCUAUGAAAUAUUUGUGGACGCUACCGAGGAUCUCUUGACUCAAAUAAUACACUCGAUACAAAAUGGAGUGACAGACGAGUCUUUCCUAGUGAACGCGUUCAAUUCAGAAUACAACUCGAAUGCCAUCAUCACACACUUCAGGCUCCUGACGAGUGCCUGGAUGAAACUGAAUCCCCAUCGUUACCAAGCUUUCCUGUCGAUCCCACUCGACCAAUAUUGUGCGACAAGAAUUGAGACUGUUAAAAGCGAAAUUGAUGAAGUGGGCCUCCAGGCAUUGGUUGACGGAGUUAUUGAAGGGUCCGGGUUCGCAGUGGAAAUUCUUUAUCUCGACCGAAGCCAUGGUGAUGUCGUGACUCCGCAUCUCUUGUCUCCCAACAGACCCAGCAACGCCACAAUCAGAUUGUUAUAUCGCCCUGGGCAUUACGAUCUCCUCUACUCCGCCGAAGCACCUGUGAAUAUGGCACCUGUGGUCAACUAUCAGUAUGGAAUGAUCACUAACUAUUCCCCUUGGGAUCAAGCCGCAUUGCCUUUCGACGCCAAUCCCCACUUAAUGGCGGUUCCAAAUCUCAUGGUUGAUCCGUCGUUCCCCCCAGCAACCGGUCCGUUGACGCCGGCUUCUCCGCCCACGUACAUGGCAUCCCAAACGAACGAGUUUUAUUCUCCAUCUCUUAGUUCCCCAGCUCCAGUCACGUUGUCGUCUCCCAUUGCGCCGACUCUUCCACUGAGCUCGCUAUCGAGCAAAUCGUCUGAGGGACCUCAGAUCAGACUAAAUCCGCUGGUUAUGAAGUCAAACUUGAGCCACUCACUUCCUGUUACGACCCCUUUCAAGAAUUCGGAAACAUUGACGGAUAAAAAAUGUGCCAUUGCCACAACACCAAGCAAUAACCAAACACUCUUCGGAGAUAAAUUGGAAUUUGAUGUGUUUCUUUCUGGAGACAUCAUCACAGAGCAUAGCUCGGUCAUGAUUCCUACGUGCAUCGGCUGUCAAGAUAGUCGUCGGAUGGGCAAGAACAAAGUCAUAAAAUCUGUCUCCAAAGAUGAAGCCGGAAUGGUCGAGCUUGUUGUGCCCGUGCGUCUCCGACGGGCCAUCCUCCAGAACGACGUCUUGCUGGUCAAGCGCAUCGUGAAGAACAAUCCAUCAUACCUUAGGAAUCCGGAUUUUUCAGAUAAAAGCAACACUUCGCUUCACCUAGCAGCAAUCAAGGGCCAUAUCGACGUAGUGAAACUAACGCUGAUUACUGCCGUGAUCCACACGCAGAAACUUCUAAUAUCCUUUGGUCACGACUCUUGUACUCCUGUUAUCGAUCAAACAGGGUACGAUGCCGCCCCGGGGAUCAGUCUCAAUACCGAUUCUUCCACUGCACUCCACCUCGCUGCUGCUCACUCCAAUGCACUCUGCGUGGACUAUCUCUGCCGCACCUUUCCGCACAUCAUCAAUUGGAGAGAUAAGGACGGAAAGACGGCUCUGAUGCUCGCAGCACAAAGCUCGAAUCCAGCCCACGCGCCAUCAAGUACGUCCCAUGUGCCUCCAAGCGCUCGACUUCGAGCCUUGUCUGCCGGAACCGCAACCGCCUCCGAGGACACGACCACGAUCAGUACCCUUAUCUCACACAACGCAUCUGUGACAUGUGUAGACAACGCGGGAAACACAGCACUCCACUAUGCGAGCGCAUGGGGAAACCUGAAGGCCGUCCGGGUCCUACUCUCUGCGGGAUCCCCUCCACUGGCUCUCAACAAAGCCAAUCACACUCCGCUGGACUAUUCCAUUACCAAACAAGCUGCGCAAUACUUUCAGAGUAUCGUAUCCGACUUGGAGAGGCGGAAGGUGGAUGACCAGCAGACGAAGAAGUUGAAGCUCAACACGGCCCGGGCGGUCGCGUCAGAGGAAAACCGGCCCGUUGGUCGGAUGUCGCCGGUAUCACCUGCACAGGCGAGGGCUAAAGAUGCCUUUGGGAGUGCUGAAUCACCCAGCAAAGUGACACAAGGAAGUGUUCGACUGGUCGUUGAUUCAGACACGGACGACCGUGCGGCUGGUGUAGAUGACGGCGCCAGCAAUGACAUUCAACUCACUGCGAAAAAGAUUGGUAGGUCUUCUACAGAUGAACAGCCAUCUGUUUCUAUAGUGAACAGCGAGACAACAUGA